AAUGCCGACUCCACUCCGUUUUCUUUAGCUGUAGAGUUAUCAUCUGGGAAAACCUUCCCCCUUUAGACUACAGCAGUUAAAGGAAUAUUUGGAAUAGCAAAGUAAUUUUUGCAGUGAUUUCUUUUCGUGAUCUCAAUUCUCCUCGCCUAUUAAAAAAUUAAUCAGAAUUUGAAUCCAUCUGGUCUCAGGAUUGGAAAGCCAUUCUCUAAGCAGACUAAAGAUGUUUAUUAAAGUUCAAUUCUUCAUCUUCGUUCUAGGGAGCGUGCCUUUCAUAGCACUUGCUGAAGAAGCAAGCUCAGUUCUAGAAGGAGAAGAAAGUACAACAAUUGAUUUCAGAGACAGAAAUGACACAGAAUUUGAAGAAUUACCAACCCUGUUGCCUACAAGACUACACAAUAUAACAAAUCUCUUGCAGUUUGGACAACUGAUGACCACAGAAAGUGCCCCAGCUGAAGACAGUGACAAUUCUACUGGUUACGAAGCUAACACAAAAAAGGAUGAUGGUGGACUGAGUGGGGAUCCAGAGAAAACUGAAAAAGGUGGUCUGGAAACAAUUGCACUGGUUGGAAUAAUUAUUGGAAUCAUAGUUGCAGUUGGAAUCCUUGCAGGAAUAAUCAUUGCUGUUGUAAGGAAGAUGUCAGGCAGGUACUCGCCCUGAAAAUAGUUGAAACAAGCAACCAUGCCAUUCUAUGCCAGAAAACACAAGUGCUUCUUAUUUUAUAAGAACUAAAGACUAUUCCUGUAUUGUGUGAGAAGAUGAUCCAUGGAAAGUAUGGUCAAAGAAUUCCAGAUCUAUGGGGAUCCCACACAACUCUAAGGACUUCCCUGCCCCAGACUACAGAGUAUGGAACAUUUCAUAGGAUUUUUACUAACCAGGAGUUUAUUAGAGGAAAGAAAAAGAUUAUGCAGUAAGAAAAAACCCAGCAGCAGUGAGAUUUACAUCUGAAAUGUGAUCUGCAGGUAAUAUAUGCUAGCUUGAUUUUAAACAGUACCAAAGAUUAUUUUGCAUUACAUUUUAUGCAUUUCUUUAAAAACACAUAUCCAGAAUAUUUUAAUUGUUUUUGGCUGGUUAAGUGCUUGUGGCAUGUUUAUCUACCAAGUGACAUAUCAAAAAGGAGGAAUUAGCUUCAGAGAGAAUCAAUUAUUUACAAGUUUGAAAAAUAUUAGAUACUGGAAGCUAAAAUCUUCCCAUUAUUGAUACAGAUUUUCUGCUCUUGAUACUUAUGUUAUGUGGCAAAAUAUGGUAGGCCCAGCUGGAACUGACCUACCACCUGAAAGCUUGCUCACCUCACUAUUGCACCAGGAAUUUCCUGUCUUCUCAUGUUGCAGAGACAUGCAGGGAUUGAAAUACACAUCCUGAAUUAAAGGAUGCUUGGAAAAUACCCAAUUUUGAUGGGUUGCUUUAACCAGUUACUCAGCACACUUUAAGCUGACAUGUAGAUGCUUUUAAAUUAGCCUAUACCAUUUUUCAACUAUCUCAUUUUCUAACUCUGUAGUUGGCUUGUUUGAGAACACAUGCAACACUAGACCAUAAUAUGUUAAGAAGGUAUAAUGUAUCUUUGGACUCUACAGCUUUUUCUACAGCAUAUUUAUUGCAGCAGGACCUGAAUGCCCAGAGUUCAGAGCAAAGGCUUUGUACGUCACAUGGCUGCAAUGCGUCACAUUUGGUGUAAAAAUCAUGAUAAUCCAUAUGGUCAAUAAUUAUUAAACGUAUCAAUUUAUUUAGAUUUGCUUUUCUGUUUCUUUUAUCUGCCAUGAACUAUCAUAUCAAUCCAAGUUUUGGA